CUGAACUAUGAUCCCCCUUUUGUACCUGUAUGUGCAGAGCUUGAUUUUAGCGUAGUGUGUAAAGCUUACAGAGCCUGUAAUGAGUGUUUAUUCGUGGGGUGUACGUUCAUCCUUUUUCUCUCCUCGCUCUAUUUUGUACAGAUUAUUUUGUCUAAGUAAGGUAGUAAUUAGUAUAUUAUAGGGAUGGGCAUGUAUAGGGCUAUGAUAGGCAGUUUUCCUCUUCCUCUUCUUCCUCUUCUUUUUCCUCCUCUUCUUUCUCUUCUUUCUCUUCUUCCUCUUCUCUCUCUUCUCUCUUUCUCUUCGAUCUCUCUUUUUCCUCUUCUUCUUCUUCCUCCUUCAGAUUAGACACAUAACUUUUAAAAAAUAGAUAUAAUAUUAUUUUGCAUGAAUCUAGAUACCCAUCACAGGAUGUGCAACGUCAUACUUAUUCAAUGUUGUUUACUGUAAAGAAAAACACCAAAGAGCCCCAGGAAAUACAUUAUAAAGGCGCUUAUGUGUCAGUGUAAUUCACAAAUGUUAAGAGCUAUGUGAACAAAACUUUGUAUACAUAAUAUUCAAUCACCAACAUCAAAAUCACAGCAAUACCUGUUUGUAACAACAACAAGGAGCCUUAGAUACUUUUCUUUUCUCCAUUCCUCAAACUUGGUAACAGGUAACAGUAGCACACAUGGAGAUAAAUAUUGGUACACAUGCAUAUUACGUACAACAAAAAGCCUCAGGCACUUUUCUCUAAUAUUACUUCUUCACUCCUCAAACUAGCAUGCAUGGAGAUGUUACCUUUUGUCGAUGAUGGCCAGAUAUUGUUGAAAAAACAAAUGGCCUCAGAACCUUUCUUUAAAAUUAUUCUUCACUCCUCAAACUUGUUAACUGACAUAUCCAUGGAGACGAAUCUUGUUACACUUAUGUAUUACGUCAUUUCCAUGGCGAUCAAUGUUUGUAAAGAACAACAGGUCCUUUUACUGUUAUUAAAUAUUUGUAGGGGGCCCCCGUUUGCAAAGAUAUAUGUGGUAGUAUAUUAGAAAAAGGAGUGGAGACAAGUAUAUUAAAAAGAGGCAUAUAGGGAUUGAAAGGGAGACAAGAUAGGGAUGGGAUACAUGAAGCAUGGUUAAGGAACAUACGUAUUUGAUGAUGCUGACACCCAUCACCCCAUCACACAAAAUUGUUGCCUAUGUAAGUAUUAGCCAUUUGGAAGCUUGUACCAACACCAACAAUAGAGAAUUGACUGGCACACCUGGCAACAAUAUAGGGAUUGUGUGAUGGGGUCACGGGUGUCAGCAUGCUCAAAUCUGUUUGUUAACCAUGCCUUAUGUAUCCGAUCCCUAUCUUGUCUCCCUUUCCUUUGUUUUAUACCCUAUAUGCCUCUUUUUUAAUUUCACAGCCAUUUUUAUUUAUUUGUAUUCCUUACUUUAUCAGAGAUUUCUAUCUCUUACAGAUCUCCGGAACGGUUGUAGACAAAAGUGGUAGAACACUCUCCGGUCAAACAACUGAAGCGUUUGCAAUUAGUGUAUCGCAUGCAAAACCCAUGUGGUAUGUGUAACUGUCAUGUGUGUGCAAUCUUAGUUUAAGUGUCGUGUUUGUGUAUGCGAAUUUGAUAUUAUUGCAGUAUUGGAUUAAACUGUGCUCUUGGGGCAAUGGAAAUGAGACCUUACAUUGAAACAAUUGGUAGGGUGUCCAAUGCAUAUGUUAUAUGCUACCCAAAUGCUGGCCUGCCUAAUGCUCUCGGGGGCUAUGAUGAAACCCCCGAACUUAUGGCUUCACAUCUAAAAUCGUUUGCAGCUGAUGGUCUUGUAAAUAUUAUUGGAGGAUGUUGUGGCAGUACACCUCAACACACAAGAGCAAUUGCAGAUGCUGUCAGAGGUAUUCAACCAAGGAUAUGCCGAACCUGUGUUAAUCCAGAUGCUCUCCUGCUCUCAGGAAUGGAACAGAUGAUCAUUAACCAGCAUACAAACUUUGUAAACAUUGGUGAACGUUGCAAUGUUGCUGGGUCAAGAACGUUCCUAAGGCUAAUAAAAUCCGGAAAUUAUGAGGAGGCUUUGUCAGUGGCUAAAGAGCAAGUUGAAAAUGGUGCACAGAUUUUGGAUAUUAAUAUGGAUGAGGGGAUGCUAAAUGGAAAAUUAGCCAUGACAACAUUUGUUAACCUGAUAUCUUGUGAACCGGAUGUUGCCAAGGUGCCCCUCUGCAUUGAUUCUUCCAACUUCGAUGUCAUUUUAGCUGGAUUGAAGUGCUCCCAAGGAAAGUGUAUUGUUAAUAGCAUAAGCUUAAAAGAAGGAGAGGAAGACUUCCUUGAGAAGGCAAAUAUGAUCCAUAAGUAUGGAGUCGCUGUUGUGGUUAUGGCAUUUGAUGAAACAGGACAGGCUACUACCGCGGAACAGAAAGUCUCCAUAUGCUCUCGUUCAUAUGAUUUACUAAUCAACAAGGCAGGAUUCAAUCCAGAAGACAUCAUAUUUGAUCCAAACAUAUUGACAAUUGGCACUGGGAUUGAAGAGCAUAACAAGUAUGGUAUAUCCUUUUUGGAAGCUACGAAAGCCAUAAAGUGCUUUGUGCAAAGACACUGA